AUGCGCAUGCAGGUCGAUGAUGCCGAGUGGCGCAGUCCCGAAGAUGCCGUCGUGUACGAUUCGUUGCUGCUGCGAUCGGUGUUCACCCGUCUAAGACGGCAGAGUGCGAACGACGGGAUUCUCGAACUGGAUCUGUUUUCCAAGCAACAAGUCGUUGACGAACUCGAGCUGCAUGAAGGUAAGAAGCUGCUACGACGCCGACCCAACCUCCGCAAACUGCACACGCGGUUGUCGAGCUUGACCAACAUCCAGGAAAGCAUCUCGCUCGAUGCGUUCCGCAUGGCCCGUGUGCGGGACAAGACGAUUUCGUUCGACGUGGCCAACGAACUGCUGCAUGAGCUUUGUCGAUCGCAGUUGGAGGCCGAGGCAGAACGAAAGAGGGGGCUUGCUGUAGCGUACAAGCCCAUGUGGUGCACUCGCAACAAUAAGCUCGCCGACAACCACCUCGCCACGACUUACAACGUCGGCUGCAAACCACCACAUACGCUCACGAGUCGCGAGAAGUUGCUGCUGGAGCGAAGGGUCCAGUGCACGCAUGACAAAGCCAAAGUCGUCGCACAGCUCUUUGUUCAGACGCUAAUGCAAACGCUGUUUCCGCCCCGAGAGGUCCGAGGACUGCCUGGUCGGCCGUCUACAGCAGCGAACCCCUGCGACGAUGCACGGAUGCGUUCAAAAACACCGCCAGCCACCGCGAAACUCAAGAAGAUGACGCCUGCACUGGCAAGAAAAACUUCCAUCGCCUCGCCCGCACAGGAGCAGCAGCAGAUCGCCAACCUCAGGAUGCGCGUGCUAUGUCCAGGCUACGAUCCUGACAACGCGUCGCAGUGGAGAAACGUCAUCGGUAGUGGCGGUGCCUUUGACAACGCGACGGACGCAGAAGUGUUUGUGACUGCAGUGGAAUGUGCAGGGGAGCCGUCGAUGGCCCAGAAGCUGUGGGCUCAACCGCACUUUCGAUCUGCUGUGUCGCUGUGCUGUACCCGAGAUCCUGCAACAAAGGCCACCCUUGGCGGCGGGGAUUCGUUCCGCUCAGCCUCCACGCAAGACGCCACGACCACCGUCCUCCUCGAUGCUUACCGCACGUGGCUAACCACGUACCGCACAAAAGCGAUGUCUCGCUAG